AAAGCUGAGAACAAAACUGAACACAGAACUCUCAAUUCACAUUUUUGUUGUGUCCCGCCGAACCCUCAAAAGGUCACUUUCCAAUCCAAUAUAAACACAACAAACAACACAUUUCAUUUUCAAUUCUCUCACUUCUUUCUCAUUCAUUUCAUUAAUCAAACUGUAUAAAAAUGUCAACAGUGAAUAUGUCCACCGUGAGAGUUCCGACAGCUUCAUUGCGCGGAACAACACCCUCUAGGACAUCUUGUGUUCUUAUGAAGAAUCCUUCAACUUUGACAUCUGUGAAGAACAUGUCCAAAAAAUUUGGACUAAAAUCUUCCUCAUUCAGAGUCUCUGCAAUGGCAACAUACAAAGUGAAACUGAUUGGACCAGACGGUACGGAGAACGAAUUUGAUGCCCCCGAUGACGCUUACAUUCUGGAUUCAGCUGAAGAUGCUGGAGUGGAGCUACCUUACUCAUGCAGAGCUGGUGCAUGCUCUACUUGUGCCGGCCAAGUAGUUUCAGGUUCCGUUGAUCAGUCUGAUCAAUCCUUUCUCGAUGAGCAGCAAGUCGAGAAGGGUUAUCUUCUCACAUGUGUCUCGUACCCGAAAUCCGACACCGUGAUUUACACACACAAGGAGGAGGAACUCUUCUGAGUGAUAUGUGCUUUUUGUUAGUUUUUCUAUGUUUGUUUUGACUAUGUGUCAUGUAGCUGGUUAUUGUGAAACUAUGUUGGUGUUUGUGUAAUUUCUGGAAUCAUAUUAGAAAAUAAAGGAAACAGGUUAUAAGACGCAACAUAAAUUUGUUUUCUAAAACUACUAUUGUUAUGGUUUAGUUUGAAUGUAUUUCACAGUUUGAUGCAUUAUAAUAUUUCUUGUCAAGGCUGAGAAA